AUAAAAUUUUAAACACAAUCCCUCUAUAUCCUUUCAUAAUUAUUUGCUUGUGAGCAUGAUUCUGAUGAAUCAUCUUUCCAUCUUGUUUGGGAUUCAAACAGGUGAGUCUCCUUCUUUUGCCUCUGAUGGUGAAAAUUCAAAUCAGACAUUAGCAGCAGAAAAGGUUGCCUUGUCAAACACUGUGAGAUCAUCCCCUAGAGGAACCGGAAAUCAUGUUAUCUCUUCAGGACAAUUCCUCUCUUGCACAGCUUUUGGCAUUUUCACAAAACGUAAGCUUUGCUAUGGAUGCAUCAAGAAAAGCACAGAUCACACUUGCAGCUGCUAAGGGAAAGUCCUCUGAUACACGAUACAGUAGUGAUGGCAUAACAUCCAUCAAAAAGGCUCUUGAUUUCAGUUUUCAGGACAUGGAGAAAUUGUUGCAUGUGGUGAGGCUUGCAAUGGAGUCCAUAAACCGGUGACUUUGAAUUAUGACCCCAUCCUGUAAAAGUAAGUUUUAAUCUCACUUGCCAUACCCAUACUCAGAGAGAAGACAAGAGGAGGAAAAGUGAUCUUUGAGUUUUGCUUGGAAAAUUGAAGACAGAGUCCAUAUUAAAUUUGUUUGUUGUUUUACUUUUUUCAAAGUAUAUAGUGG